AUGAUUAAGAGGGAUUUAGAUGAGGAAUAGGUCUUCAAAAACAUCAUUCCUCUUCAUCGUCGGGAACCAAGUAAAUUAAACAUCUCGAUUCACAAUGGCAGUCCGUUUAGUGUUACUAGUUCUAAGCUUCCAUAUUCUUAAUAAAUAAAAAAUAAUAUUGCAUAGCAGCUAACAAUAAUCACAUCAAACUGCGAGAAGUAUGUUUAAAAUCAGAGUAGGCCUAUUAAUUUUUUGAACUCAAAUAAAUAAUCAAACCACUACACUAGUGUAACAACUCCUGAUCAUUCUAUUCCUAGGAAACUACCAAAUGGAAGGCACUCUAGGAAUUAUUCUUAAAACUAUCCUAAUAUUGCUGCUAUUGCUACUGUAGCCUAAGUAAAUCAAACAUAACUGGAACUACCUGAUAUACAGCAACAAAUGUAAAACUUAACCCAAGAUAUUAGGAAUGCCAAGAGUAUUUCAUCAGUUAUAAAAAAUUACUAGGAUAGCAUUAAGACAAUUAAAGAUAAAAAUAUAGACCUCUAAAUAAUGGGAGAUAGCCAUAGGGAAAAAUAAGGGCAAACAAAACUUGGAUUUUAAUCGAUUGGACUUGAACCUAUGGAAUCAAACUCAUCAUUUAAAGAUUUUCAUAAAAAGAUUACUCUUGUUUAUGAUGAUCAAAACUAAGAGAAAAUUAAGAAUAUCAACGAAAUUCUGAAUAGAAGUCUAGGCCAUAGAGCAAAACUAGGAGGGAUAACUGAGUUUCAUAAUAGCUUUCUUAUGAAUCAUUAAAAUUUUAUUAAGAAAAGGAUAAUAAAGCCAAACUUACCUACAAUCUUAACGAAAACACUUCAUAUAUAGCAAAAAAAGAUAGAGAAGCAUUUUCCAUCUAAAAAAUCAUCCGUUCCGUAGAUUUUGGAAGAAGUUUCAGAUUCUGAGGUUUUUAUGAACAAGGAAUUGAAGAAAGCUUUACAUUAAGGUUCUCCAAAUAGAUAUAGAGAUUGCCUAGCUUUAAAAGAGCAUAAAAAAAUGACUGCAUAAAAUAAAGAAUCCACUAAUAUAGACUAAAAUGCAAUUUUAUCUAGGUAGCUAAGGCAUAGGCCCAUACUUAGAAAGAUUAAAGUAGCGAAUGAAAGUCGUUCCAUUUCAUUAAAGAAAUUAGAGAAUCAUGCUACAACAAUAAACCUAACUAUGCCCGAAAGAAUAAUUGAAAGUGAAUCAAUCGCUUAAAUUGAAGCUAGAAGUAUCAGGAAGAAAGUGUUACAAAAGUCAGCUAUUUAAAGUUUAAUCAUUAAGAAAAAGUUUUAUGAAAGAGAUUCAAGCCAGCUACGACAAUGGUAGGACCAGCAUAAUAUAAAUACGGAUCUGAGUUUAGAUGUGAGUCUUUAUAAUUCACCAGAAAAGCUAAAGAGUAAGCAUCAUUAGUAGCAUUAAAUAAUAUGA